AUGGCCGUGCGCCUGGACCCGGCGCGCAACGACCCGUUGGCGCAGCACAAGCUGGCUCUCCUGCGGGCACUGCACCUGCCGCUGGAGGUGGCGCUUGGUGGGGAGGCGGGGGGCGGACAGGCGGAAGGGGGGACCGGGAGGGGCGGGGAAGGGGUUGCGGGGCAGGAGGCGGAGAAAGGGGGCGCGCGGAGGGGCGAGGAAAGGGGCACGGGGCAGGCGGAGCUGGACAGCCUCCUGAUGGCUGCGCGCGUGCUGGAGCUGAACCUCGACGAGUUCUAUUUCCUCGCUUCCCCUCCCCGUGCCCCUGUCUCCCCCCGCAACGAGCUCCAGUCGCUGCGCCGCAUUCACCUCGCCCUCCUCCCCCUCCUGCAUCCCCCGCCCUCCUCCGCUGCCUCGCCUGCCCCCGCGCCCCUCCCCUGUGCGCCAGAAAUGGAGGAAAAGGGGUGGGCAGUGGCGGAAGCAAUGAUGGGGGAGGUGUUGCGGCGGCUGAGGGGACUGGGGGAAGAGGCAGGGGGGGAGGCAGCUGGGCAGACAGGGGGGGAGACAGCAGGGGAGCGGGGGAAGGGGGAGAGGUGCGGGGCAGGGGAUGGCAGGGGAGCGGAGAGAGAGGAGGGAGAGAAAGGGGAGAAGGGGGAGGAGGGGGAAGAGGGGCAAAGGGAGGCGGAGAGGCGGCUGAUGGAAUGGGCUGUGACCCAUGGCGCCACAGUUCCCGGGCACGGGACGGGGCAUGGGAGCGCGGGGGGCCAUGGAGGCGGGGGAGACAGUGCUCUCUAUUCCCCUCCCACUCAUCAUCUCGCCGCUCACUGCGCUCGCCUCUCCCUUGGUACCUUUCCAGCCCCUCCCCGCGCCCCUCCCUCCCCUCUGCCUGCUGCUCAUUUUCGCUGGGUACCAUGCGGGGGGGAGAGCAGGGGAGAGCAGGGGAGGAGCAAGGGCGGUCAAGCUGUGCGACGUGGAGCAGGAGAGAAGGCGAUAGGCAGAAGCAGCAGAGUGGCAACAGAGCAACGCGAAGAAGCAGAGGGCAGGGUUCAAAGUGGAAACGUGGAGGAAGCGGUGCAAGGACGAGAGGCGGGUGGGGCACAAUGUGGAGCAGAAAGAGGGGUACAAUCUGGCAAGGCGGAGGGCGGAGCUGAAGCUGAUCGGCUGAGGGGCGAAGAGGAGGACACAGACAUGGGAGACAUUGAGGAUGGGCGCACUGUCGUGGAGGAGGAUGGGGUGGAUGUGUGCAGCAUUAGUGAUGAGAGCAUUGCUCUGCUGUGGACCAUUCAGCAACGGCACGACCCCUCGUCCUUCUAUGCGCCUUUCUUCAACACCCUGCCUGCGGUCAUCAACACAGGUGGCGCCCCCUCCUCCUCUCCUCUCCUCUCCUCUCACAUUAGCCUCGAUGAUACCUUUGUUAGAAACACAUACACGCAGAGUACCAUUCUCUCUUCCCAGCCCUCUCCCAGCGCUACCCCUCUCUCUUCCCGCCUGCACUUUUCUCCCUCUCCGCCUUCACAGCAGCAGCAGAGCUCUGUGCGGGCAGGGCAGCAGUGCUUCCUGUCAUACGGCCCGCUGCCCUCACACGACCUUGCUCUCUUCUACGGUUUCCUGCUGCCCUCCCGCAACCCCUACGACUGCUUCCCGCUCGACCUUGACUUUUCUGCGGAGGAGGAAGAAGCUGAAGAAGCAGAAGAGGGAAAAGCAGGAGCGGAAAACACUGAAGAUGGGGGCGAAGGGGAAGCGAUGAGGGAAGAGGGAGCAGCGGAAGGAGGCAGGGAGAGAAUGGACGAAGAUGGAGCAACCAUCAUUCAAAAUACGCAAACCGUGGUAACCGAUGCAUGCAGGGAGGACACGGCUGCUGCUGCUGCUCAAGGUGGAGGGGGGGAAGCAGCAGUUCACGACACAGCUGUGGGCGCCACUGCAAAAAAGCCACGGCACAGCGAUGAUGCCAGUGGUGCUGAUAACCAUGUCUGUACCACCGAUACUGCCACUGACGCCAAUGAUGCAAGUGCUGCCAACACAACCAGGGCCAGCGGCAGAGACACGGACAAGGACAGAGGCAAAGGCGGUGCAGCAGCGGGAGGGCAGGGAGAGCAGCCGGUGCUGGCGCUGUCACAGCACCUGCUGCGCGCGUGCGACCUCACACUGACGCCCGCUGGCACUGUGGUGGAGAGGGGCGACGGGGAGAGUGCAGAGGAGGAGACGGUUGAGAAUGAAGGGGAGGAUAGGGAGGAUAGGGAGGAUAGGGAGGAUAGGGAGUAUAGGGAGGGGACAGGGGGGGGUGGGAGUGAGGAUGUGUGGGGAGCGCUGCCUUGGCGGCUGUGUGUGGCACUGUGUGGGGCUGUGGGAGGGAACAUGAAGGAGCGGAGGAUGUGGAAGGCUGAUGCUCUCCAGCCACCCCAGGCAGAUAUCCCCCCUGCAGUGCGCUCUGCUGCUCUCUCCACUCUACUCGACCUCGUGGGCACGCUGCUGGCACAGGAGCAAGAGCAGGAGGACGACGAGGAAGAGCAGGAGGAAAGGCAAGCGGGAGGGCCGGGAGAGGAGCAAAGGCAGAGGGGUGUGGGAGAGGCCUCGGGUGUUGCCGACGAGGCGGCGUGUGUGGCUGUGGCUCAGCGAUACCGUAGGGAGCAAGAGCAGCUGCUGCUGUCCAUUAGAAACGAGUGUGUUAGGCUGCUCAUGCUGCUGUGA